AGAAUAAGUUUUUGUAUUUUACCAUGAUUCAGGCAUUGUCUUCUGGCUGACAUUUAUUGAAUCUCUCUCUCUCUCUCUCUCUCUCUCUAUACGUAUAUAUAUAUGUAUGCAUUUGUAAAUGUAUAUGUAAUGUUAGAUGUCCGGUAAUAUCGGCGCAAGAUAGAGUAUUUAUCGAAUUGAUUUAACAAAUCUUAUCGAUUUCGGCGUCUGCCACCGUCUCUCCGCACUCUCGUCCUCUCUCAGAUCUACGUUUUGUGUGUCACUAAUUUGUAAUUUUCACACACUCUUUAGAGAGAGCGAGAGAGAGAGAGAGAGUCUGUGAUUGAAAUCAAAGUCCUGUGUUGAAUUGGAAUAUUAUACUAUUUGUGAUUGUAGUGUAUAGAUAGAUAGAUAUAGGUCUCUUUCGUGGUUUGGGUUUUUCUUUCUAGAAUGAAUAGUUAAUUGGGCGGUGAGGGAUUUGUACGCAGAAGUAAUAUUCACGAGAAUUGCAUUUGGGAUCGAACUCUAUUAGUAGACGAUAGUGUGCAAGUGAAAUCACUCAAAUCUCUCAAAGUAUUCAACAAAUCCCUACUCUCUCUCUCUCUCUCAUCGCUAAAUCUAGAGAGAGAAAAGACAGUGUGAAAGAAGAAGAAGAAGAAGAAGAAGAAGGAGAAGAAGAAGAAAAAGAGGAGAAGGGUAGUCGGAGCUUGGACGAGAAGACAAAGACUGAGUUUGUAUUGUAUUGUAGCUACUCAUGAAAACCGCAAUCUAGGGGCUUUGCUCUUACUCUCUGCAUAUUUCAGAUUGGAAAAUGUCAAGGCCACUACAUCGAGGUGUAUCUGGUGGGGGCCGAUUCUCAGGCAACAAUCAUGUUUUCUGGAAUGAUUCUGAGCUGAAAGACAAAACAGACAAGGAAGAUCAUCGUUCCUCGUACUUAUCUUUUAGAUUCCCUUUUCGAUUUCUUUUUCCGGAUAAUUCAUCUUCUAAACUCGGUCUUAGUGAGAAUGGUUUUGCACCUGAUCCCUUCAAUACCGGAACUUUAAGAACUCGCCACAAGUUAACUUUGCUCUUACUAAAGUUCAGUUUAGUUGUGAUUGUAAUUCUUGCUCUUACUGGAUCCUUUUGGUGGACAAUUUCGAUCACAACUUCAUCAAGAGGUCACAUAAUUCGCGGAUAUAGGCGUAUCCAAGAGCAAAUUGUAUCAGACCUAUGGGAUAUUGGAGACAUUGCUCAUGGUUCUGCACGGUUGAGAGAAUUGGAGUACUGUCCUGAGCAGUCUGAAAAUUAUGUUCCGUGCUUCAACGUUACGGAGAAUGUUGGUUUGGGUUUUUCUGGAGGUGAAGAGCAUGACCGCCAUUGUGCACAAGGAUCAAGGCAAAAUUGCUUGGUUCUUACACCUGUCAAUUAUAAGAUUCCUCUUAGAUGGCCUACCGGAAAAGAUGUCAUCUGGGUUGCAAAUGUUAAAAUUUCUGCAGAGGAGGUACUUUCCUCCGGAAGCUUGACCAAGAGGAUGAUGAUGUUGGACAAAGAGCAAAUUUCCUUCCGUUCAGCAUCUCUUAUGUUCGAUGGUGUUGAAGACUACUCACAUCAAAUUGCAGAAAUGAUUGGGCUGAGAAAUGAGUCUAACUUCUUACAAGCUGGAGUUAGGACCAUCUUGGAUAUAGGAUGUGGUUAUGGUAGCUUUGGAGCACAUCUCUUUUCAAAACAACUGUUAACCAUGUGUAUUGCAAACUACGAAGCUUCAGGAAGCCAAGUUCAGCUGACUCUUGAAAGAGGUCUUCCUGCAAUGAUUGGUUCUUUUGCUUCAAAACAGUUUCCAUAUCCGUCUCUCUCCUUUGAUAUGGUGCAUUGUUCACGAUGUGGCAUUGACUGGGAUCAGAAAGAGGGUUUGCUUUUGAUUGAAGCUGAUCGAGUAUUGAGGCCUGGUGGAUACUUUGUGUGGACUUCACCACUUACCAAUGCUCCGAGCUCUCAUCGCAACAACGAGAAUCAGAAAAGAUGGAAAUUUGUGCUCAAUUUUGCAGAAAGUCUCUGCUGGGAAAUGUUGGCGCAACAAGACGAAACUGUUGUCUGGAAAAAGACUAGUAAAAAGAGUUGUUACAGCUCUAGGAAAUCUGGAUCUGGUCCCUUCAUCUGCAGUAAGGGCCAUGAUGUUGAAUCCCCACACUAUCGACCACUCCAAUCCUGCAUAGGAGGAACUCACAGCCGUCGAUGGAUUCCUAUUGAAGAAAGGCCAACCUGGCCUUCUAGGUCUACUAGAUUUAACUCAAGUGAACUUGCAUAUUAUGGUCUGCAUCCAGAAGACCUUGCUGAGGAUAGCCAAAACUGGAACUUUGCAGUUCGUAACUAUUGGUCUCUUCUCUCACCUUUAAUAUUUUCUGAUCAUCCAAAGAGACCUGGUGAUGAGGAUCCUUCUCCACCUUAUAACAUGCUCAGAAAUGUGUUGGACAUGAAUGCCCGUUUUGGUGGUUUCAAUUCAGCUCUGUUGGAAGCUGGAAAAUCUGUUUGGGUCAUGAAUGUUGUCCCUACAGAUGGACCCAACUCCCUUCCCUUAAUCCUUGACAGGGGUUUUGUUGGAGUAUUACAUGACUGGUGUGAAGCAUUUCCAACCUACCCUAGAACAUAUGAUAUGGUGCAUGCUGAAGGACUGUUAUCACUUCAAACUGGUCAGCAUCGCAGGUGCACCAUGCUAGAUCUCUUCUCCGAGAUAGAUAGGCUACUUCGUCCAGAGGGAUGGGUCAUACUCCGUGACUCAGCUUCCAUCAUUGAAACAUCAAGAGCUCUCACUACGAGGUUGAAAUGGGAUGCACGAGUCAUAGACAUCGAGAGUAACAGUGACGAGAAAAUCCUCAUUUGCCAGAAACCUUUAUUCAGGAGACAAGUAAACUAAAUUAUGAACUUUGGAAGGGAGGAGCCAAAAAUAGGUUGAUCAUUAAAUUCAUAUUCAUUUUUGUGGAUCUUCUAAACAAAACAUCAUAAAGUCCCACCAUUGGAUUGCCAAGAAUCCAAAGUUUUGGACAGAGUAAAAAAAGCAAAGAGAAGAAAGAAACAAGAGUUGGUCUACGUGGAGACAACCACACAACUCCUAUGGAGCCGUAAGGUAUUCAUAGGGCCAUGUAAUUACACAAUUGAGACAAGGUUGAGAAGUAUAGGAUUUAUAUUUAAUUUACCUACCUUGUGAUCUCUUGUUAUAACUACAGAAGCACACAACGAAUUAGGUUGUGAAGAUGAUUACAGAAUAAGGAUAUUUCAUUUCAUUUUCUAUACUAUAUAGAAUGCUUGGCUACGUAAUUACGUGGUGGAGUAUUCUUUUCUUCUUUCCGGCA